ACGAAUUGGCCACAGACACCGACAGCGAACUCGAAUACCAUCUGCUGUUAAUUAAAGUACUAGCCGCCUGUACGUUUGGCAAAAACUUUUAUACGGAAAUCAAGUGCCAGUCGCUGGUAUCUAUGGGCGAUGUGGUCAAGGUGGUAGUACAUAAAUCGUGUACGUAUACGGUUAAGAAUGCGUACGUGUACUUCCUUACGCAUUGCUAUCUGGAGACUGAGAUGGAUGUGCCGGAGAUGUACACCAGUUCACUCAUGUGGCAGCUGAUGAGCUCAUUCCAGGCUGAUAUUGAGAAGGCCGUCUCUCUCUCCAAGCUCAAUGUGUACGUCCGCCCAGCUAGCAUGUCUGAUGCCAUGGUGCGCUUUGUGGUAGACACAGCAAUGGAGUGUAUUGAGGCGUUCUUUGCACCCGGUUUACGCCCUACCAUAGGCGGCCCUACACGUCUGCCUAUCUUCAUAGCUCUGUUUAAGUCCCUGUACCGCUUCUCGUCGACGGUCAGGUGA